AUGGCCAAAGCUUAUGACAGGGUUAAGUGGAGUUUUUUGCGUAAGAUUCUCCUUGCCUUUGGUUUCAAUUUGGAGUGGGUUAGUUGGGUUUUGAGUUGUGUGACCUCUGCUUCUUUCUAUGUUCUUGUCAAUUGCCAGCCUUCACAGUUAUUUGGUGCUUCUAUAGGUCUAAGGAAGGGGGAUCCUCUUUCUCCGUAUUUGUUUAUCAUUAUGGUUGAGGGCCUAGGACGCUUCAUUAAGUCUUGGGUUUCUCAGGGCUUGAUCUUGGGGUGGACUUGGGGUGUAGGUUUACCUAAGAUCUCACAUCUUUAUUUUGUGGAUGAUACGACUCUUAUUGGGGUAGCCCGUAUUCCUCUUUCAGUUGGUUGGCAACUAAGGCCUUUGUGGCAAGACCUAUUGGAUAAGUUGCAUCGAAAGGUUAAUCACUCGACUCAUAGGUGGCUUUCCAUUGCUACUUGUGUUACUCUCCUUCAGUUUGUGAUUCAGGCCCUUCCAAUUCACAAAGGCUUUGUUCAGGCUACUCUAAUGUAUUUUCUUAAGGAAUUUGAUGCUUUGUCUCGUCAAUUCCUUUGGAGUGGUCACCUGCUAUCUUCUAAGUGGAGUUUGGUUAAAUGGGAGUCUAUUUGCCGGCCUAAAUCUGAGGGUGGCCUUGGCCUUCAUUCUGCAGUUUUGCAUAGUCAAGUUCUUGCGACUAAGUUAUACAAGAGAUGGUGCACUAAUCAACAUCAGCUAUGGGCUCGUAUCCUUACUUUUAAAUGGAAGGGUCCAAGUGAAUGGCUGCCUGGGGGUUCAAAGGAUUCUUGGCAGGAGCUGGCCAAUAUUCUUGCUUCUCGUAAUUGUAGUUCUUUGGAAGGUCUAGAUAUUCUGGCUUGGGGAAGUGAUUCUUUUGGGAAGUAUUCUAUUGUUGUUGGCUAUUUGAAUUUACUUCAUCAAAUUCAUGGGGAGGAAGAGGUGACCUGGUGGAAGCAAGUUUGGAAUAGAUUUGCUUGGCCUAAAUCAAUGAGGAGACAGUCUCCCACCUUUUCUUUCAGUGCUCUUUCGCUAGGAGGAUUUGGCACUCCUGGUGGGACUAUUGGAAUUGUUCUUGUUGGCAUGUUUCCUCUCUAG